AUGAAGGUCUUCUCAUCUAUUUGUACCUUCAACUAUUCGUGGGACGAGGUCUCAACAGCAAACUGGCGGAAAUAUUGUCCUUGGAACGAUAAAUCUACACAUGUUGUGGGUGUAGAUACUCUGUCGCGGAGGGUUGACCCGGACACCGGAAUUUUACGCACAGAGCGACUUAUCACAUGCAAUCAGUCUGUACCACAAUGGAUCUCUUCACUGUUUGGAGGGAGCCCGACCUCACACGUCUACGAAGUAUCGUACGUUGAUCCAGUUUCAAGAAAAGUAACGAUGUGCUCGACAAAUCUCACUUGGGCCAAUGUCCUAAAUGUCCGUGAAACUGUCAUCUAUCAACCGUCGGCGUCGACUCCGUCAUCUAUGACCGAUUUUCAACAAGAAGCGAAGAUCACUGCCCUCUGCGGGGGAUGGCAAAAGAUCAAAAACAAGGUAGAAGAGGCAAGCGUCGAGAGGUUUGGGGAAAAUGCCAAACGGGGUAAAGAAGGCUUCGAAGCCGUCCUUGAAAUGAGUCGACGAGUUUUCAGCGAACAGCGUGAGCUAGACACUACCCGCACUACAUGA